AGGGUUAAAGAUUAUGAAUCAUUUACCGAGAAAGUUAAAUUUGGAUACUUCUCCCAUUUAAAGCGUACAAUUUCCAGCGAGUCAGCAGUUUUACCACGGCAGCGAGCUAAUAAACAUCUGGUUAUUAUUUAGUUCCGUAGUUUUAGCCGAUUUACAACGCCAUUAGUCCGUAGAUUUAGGGAAAAACCAGUGCGUGGAAUAGGAAAACCACAUCGAAAACCCAGUGAAAAUGUACGGCAUUGAUAAUUACCCCAAGAAUUAUCAUGCCAGUGGCAUUGGCCUUGUCAACUUGGCGGCCUUGGGCUACAGCAAGAAUGAAGUCAGCGGCGGGAACGAAGGAGCAGCCCCCAAGCCCACGGCGGGUCUCUACCCCUCGUUGCCCUAUCCAUCAUCCGAAUCCGUGGGCGGAAUGCCAUAUGUGGUGAAGCAGACGAGUCAUGCCCAGAAUGCCUCGUACGCGGGACACCCAAUGGGUAUGGGAAUGCCCGUGCCAGGAGCCCCCUCAGCGCCGGCACCCUAUCCAAGUGCCACACCAUACCCGGGAGCAGGACUUUAUCCCAGUUUGCCAUCAGCGAACGCUUCAUCGCUGCCGUACCCCACUGCGCCAAUGGCACCCUAUCCAACCGGAAUGCCCUAUCCAACUGGCAUGCCACAGCCCAAUCUUCCCUAUCCGGCUGCUCCGCUUGCACCAUAUCCAUCUGCCAUGCCCGGUUUGCCCAGUAUGCCAAUGCCGUACGCUCCCAUGCCAACGAGUCCGGCUCCGCAGCACAGUGCCGGAUUCCCAGCACUGCCAUAUCCCUCGGCUCCGCCACCGGCCAGUGCUCCAACCCAGGAGGAGGAACCUUCUGUUGGCGUGGCCGAGCUAAGCUUCACCAGCGUGAAGGUGCCCGAGAACCAGAACAUGUUCUGGAUGGGUCGCAAGGCCACUAGUACCCGGCAGAACAGCGUGAGCAAAGGCGAUUUUCAAUCUCUGCGCGACAGCUGCGUUGCCAAUGGAACCAUGUUUGAGGAUCCCGAUUUUCCGGCCACCAACGCUUCGCUGAUGUACUCACGGCGACCGGAUCGCUAUUACGAGUGGCUGCGCCCAGGUGACAUCGUCGAUGAUCCACAGUUCUUCGUGGAGGGCUAUUCACGAUUCGAUGUGCAACAAGGAGAACUUGGCGAUUGCUGGCUCCUGGCUGCAGCUGCCAAUCUGACGCAGGACUCGACGCUCUUCUUCAGGGUGAUCCCGCCGGAUCAGGACUUCCAGGAGAACUACGCUGGCAUCUUCCACUUCAAGUUCUGGCAGUACGGCAAGUGGGUGGAAGUGGUCAUUGAUGACCGUCUGCCCACCUAUAAUGGCGAGCUGAUCUACAUGCACUCUACCGAGAAGAACGAGUUUUGGAGCGCCCUGCUGGAGAAGGCCUACGCCAAACUCCACGGAUCCUAUGAAGCACUCAAGGGCGGCACCACGUGCGAGGCCAUGGAGGACUUCACUGGCGGCGUCACCGAGUGGUAUGACAUCAAGGAGGCUCCCCCAAAUCUAUUCAGCAUCAUGAUGAAGGCCGCCGAACGUGGUUCGAUGAUGGGCUGCUCCUUGGAGCCGGAUCCACAUGUUCUGGAAGCCGAGACGCCACAAGGAUUGAUCCGCGGUCAUGCCUACUCCAUUACCAAGGUAUGCCUAAUGGACAUCUCGACGCCGAAUCGUCAAGGAAAGUUGCCCAUGAUCCGUAUGCGUAAUCCAUGGGGUAACGAUGCCGAGUGGAGCGGUCCGUGGAGUGACAGCUCGCCGGAGUGGCGAUUCAUACCAGAACACACGAAGGAGGAGAUUGGCCUGAAUUUCGACAGGGACGGCGAGUUCUGGAUGUCUUUCCAGGACUUCCUCAAUCACUUUGAUCGCGUGGAGAUCUGUAACUUGUCGCCCGACUCGCUGACUGAGGAUCAGCAGAACAGCUCUCGCCGCAAGUGGGAAAUGUCCAUGUUCGAGGGUGAGUGGACAUCGGGCGUAACAGCCGGAGGUUGCAGAAACUUCCUGGAGACAUUCUGGCACAACCCACAGUAUAUCAUAUCACUCGAGGAUCCCGACGACGAGGAUGAUGAUGGCAAGUGCACGGCUAUUGUGGCCCUCAUGCAGAAGAACCGACGUAGCAAGCGCAAUGUGGGCAUCGACUGCCUGACCAUCGGAUUUGCUAUAUAUCACCUCACAGACCGUGACAUGGAAGUGAAACCCCAGGGACUGAACUUCUUUAAGUACCGAGCUUCGGUGGCGCGUUCACCACAUUUUAUCAACACGCGCGAGGUCUGCGCUAGGUUUAAGUUGCCACCUGGCCACUACCUGAUUGUUCCAUCGACCUUCGAUCCGAAUGAGGAGGGCGAGUUCAUUAUUCGCGUCUUCUCCGAGACGAUGAACAACAUGACGGAGAACGACGAUGAGGUUGGCUUUGGUGAGACCGACGAUCGCAUUGCACCGUCUCUGCCGCCACCAACUCCAAAGGAGGAGGAUGAUCCGCAGCGCAUUGCACUGCGUCGGCUGUUCGACAGCGUGGCUGGCAGCGAUGAGGAAGUGGACUGGCAGGAGCUGAAGCGCAUACUGGAUCACUCAAUGCGCGAUGUUAUGGUGGGCACUGAUGGCUUCUCCAAGGAUGCCGUGCGUUCGAUGGUGGCCAUGCUGGACAAGGAUCGCUCCGGUCGCCUUGGUUUCGAGGAGUUCGAAGCUCUGCUUACCGAUAUUGCCAAGUGGCGGGCGGUCUUUAAACUGUAUGACCCACGUCGCACUGGCAGUAUUGAUGGAUUCCAUCUGCGAGGAGCACUCAAUUCCGCUGGUUACCAUCUGAACAACCGGCUCCUGAAUGCCCUCGCCCAUCGCUACGGAUCGCGUGAGGGACAAAUACCAUUCGACGACUUCUUGAUGUGUGCCAUCAAGGUGAGGACGUUCAUCGAGAUGUUCCGUGAACGGGACACGGAUAACACGGACACGGCCUUCUUCAACUUGGACGACUGGCUGGAGCGAACAAUUUACUCUUAAAUUACUUGCAAUUGCUACUAAUCUAAUCCUAAGUGCCACGUAUACUUAAUCUACCUGUGCAUUAUAUUAUUCAUGCAUUCAAAUGAGCAAAGCAAAACACACAGAUCCAUGACGAUGCGGCCCGGAGAUGAAAAGAGAUACACUCACUGAGCCAACAGGAGAAUCUUAUCUAUAUGACCAAAUCCGGAAAUACAAAUCAUGUGGCGAAAUUGGAGUGGCCUUGGCAUGGCACGAGGUUGCUAUGCACGAUAAACCGCAUACACAAUUUAUACAAUUAACGCCAUAGAAUUUAUUCUAUGCUGAGCAACUGGAGGGAUGACUAAGAGCAAUCAUCAAGAAAAAAAAUGUGCUCCAUGCACCUGGACAAGAGCCGGACAUUUACUAGUACAAACGGAACAGUGCAUUGCUACUUUACCUAACCUUUCGCAACGAGACACUCGGAAAGCCAUUAGUACGCAUCAACAAUAUUUAUUAGAUGUACGGAAUGAAUAAGCAUGUAUUUUUGUAUCAUCGUUAGCUCGGAGCAGCCCUUUACAUAUUUGCCCAGGUGCUAGAAAUAAGUGCAGCCAAACGCAGUUACCCAAACAAACGUUUUAAUUGUUAUCAGGAAAGCAACGCGAAGCGAGCAAGCCAAUCAAUCACUCAUCGAAUAUUUAUAGGCUUAAGCAGGAUAUGAAAAUAUCAGUCUAUUCGUAAUAUGUACUCCCCGUAUAACGUGUAUUGAGUUUUCUGAUCAGCAAUCUCAAACCAUACCUUAAGCACCCUCUACGUCAAAAUAAGUGUUAAACUAAUUAAAAUUAACCAAUUGGGCUUAGAGGCUCUUUGUUGAACGCUUUUAUACUGUACUAUAAUUUUCGUAAACAAUUUAACUAAUCAAAAUUACUCCUUUAUGCAAUUGUUACUAUUAAUAAUUUGUUGUGCAACUUUUCUAUGUAUGUAAAUAAAAGGCAGUGAUGAUGCAGUCUACUUGACGACUAUAACCACAUCGGCACCGUU